UUCAAUCAAUCCUUCUUUCACUAACACGCUUGAUUUCAUCUGGCAAGGGAAAGGGUGCAUUAGUGAUAUCUCCCAAUAAAAGCAUGGGGGAAGUAGUUGCUUGAACUCUAAUCGUUGCGAGAGUCGUGGUUGCUCGAACACGACUGAGCCUGCAAGUUGUUCUGAUGACACUAUAGGUGAGUCCACUGGAUGGGGAGCACCACCAUCAAGUGAAGAGCAUGAUGGCUCCCUUGAAGGGAAUUACGAAUUAGAAGGAUCAGAGGAGUCGAGUUCGAAGUCCUCUAGUUCAGAAAAUGGGAAGAGUAAUGGAAGUUACUGUGUAGAAGCAGGAAGUAGAAGGGAAAGAAGGGAAAAGGGAGAUUUUAUUGAAGGUGGACUAAGAAGGAGGAAAGCUUAUGGAUUGGACAUAUUGGUUAAUCUUGACAAGGAUGGACAUAACGAAAAUGUUAAGGUUGGCGAACAGUUUCAUAGUAUUGCGCUAAGAACUCGUUCGUGCUUUGGUUUUAAGGUUAGGAAGAUGAAUACCGAUCGUGGAACAGUCAGUCAGCCAGUCUGUGUCGACGAGGAAGAGUCAGAUUUUCCGUGUGAUAUGAAAGAUUCUUCAUCAAGGCAUGACAGUGGAGAUUCUUGUGAUAGUGAUAGUACUACUGAUGAUCAAACUUACAAGCCAAGGGCCUGGAGUAGUAGUAAAAAGAGUACGCAGUUCAACGAUGGAAGUGAUGAUGAUAUCUUAUCAGUAAAAAAAGACGAUGAUACAAACAAGGUUUGGAAUAGUAAAAGCUUACCUGCAAAUAAACACAACCAGAGUGGAGAUUUUCAGAAGGUUCACCCAAAGAAUUGCCAUGAGUUUCACGAUAUUAUUAAAACGAAAGGCCGCAGUGCACGGAAAAGUCUUGAUGUUUUCAAUAUUCUUAUAGAUUCCAUAAUUGCAGACAAAGAACUGCCUUCAGAUCAGUUAGAUCCUCCUAUAGGUCAACUCUCCCAUAUGCCCCUUAAUUUGAAGUUUGGAUUUGAGGAACCAUGUCUUCCAGAGAGGUCAGAGGAUGAAAAGGAGUUGGACAAGCUCUGGACAGAGCUUGACUUUGCUCUCAGAUCGAACGAGAUUGGUCCGGUGGAUUCUAAUACUGUUCAACACAAAGAUACCUUUCCUUCAACGCUUGAGCGAGUGGAUCUGUGUCUUCGCGGUGAUCAUCAGCUCGUACUCGAUGAACAAAUUGGACUUAGAUGCAAAUGUUGUUCAUAUGUCAAAUUGGAAAUCAAAGAUAUUGUACCUUCUUUUGAUACAAAUCCAUAUGGAAAGUCACAAAAGAGGAAAUCUGGCUCAUUUGAGCAUGUUAAAUUUGAUGACCUUCCACAAGAUUUUGAUUGUGACCCCCAUGACAGAUCUGAUUCACGAUCGCAUGUUGGACGCACGGUCUGGGAUAUCAUUCCCGGUAUAAAGAAUGGCAUGUACCCACAUCAGCUUGAAGGCUUUGAAUUCAUUUGGAAAAAUAUAGGCGGAGGAAUUGAUCUUGAUGAGUUAAGAGAAAGAAAGAGCUUAAACCGUGGGAAUGGAUGCAUUGUAUCACAUGCUCCUGGAACAGGAAAAACUCGUCUAACAAUUGUUUUCCUUCAGACAUACAUGGAACUAAAUCCAACAUGCCGGCCUAUGAUCAUUGCACCUAGCAGCAUGCUCCUUACCUGGGAAGAGGAGUUUUUGAAAUGGAAGGUUGGCAUUCCCUUUCAUAACUUGAAUAAGCGAGAUGUCUCUUUCGACGAGAAUAUUUCAGCUCUCGAGUUCUUGAUGCAAGCUUCACCAUCAGGACAAAGUGUGGACAAUGUACGGCUUGUAAAACUGUUUUCCUGGAAAAAGGAGAAAAGCAUCUUGGGAGUUAGUUACAGAUUGUUCGAGAGACUGGCCGGAGUUCGGAAGAUUUCGAAAUGUGACAAAGUAAGGAAUGUUCUUUUGGAGAUUCCGGAUCUUGUAGUCUUUGAUGAAGGCCAUAUACCACGUAACGAUGAUAGUCUUAUUUGGAUGGCCUUGUCUAAAAUUAAAACGGAAAGGCGCAUCAUCCUCUCUGGAACUCCAUUCGAGAAUAAUUUUACUGAAUUUUACAAUACACUAAGGCUGGUGAGGCCAAAUUUUGAAGACAUAAGUAACUCUGGAGGAGAUGAAUGCCUAGAUAAGAAGCAUGGAUGCUCAAAAAAUAUCUCAAAAGGAAAAUGGGACCUUUUGAUUAGUUCCAUUGGAAGAACUUCUGAAGACUUACUGGAAAGUGCUGAAUUGAAACAAAUCAGAGCCAUGAUCAAUCCAUUCGUGCAUGUAUACAGGGGCAACAUAUUACAAGAGAAACUUCCAGGGUUGAGGAAAUCUAUACUUAUAUUACAGCCCGCAGAGCUGCAGAAGAGUUUUCUUGAGAGCAUUCAAGCAAGGAAGAAUUCUUUUGAAGUGGAAUAUGCCGAGUCCUUGAUCUCCGUACACCCUUCCCUGAUACUGAAGUGUGAUAAAGAAUAUUGUGGAGUUGACAAGGACAUGUUAGAGAGGGUUAGAUUGAAUCCUGAACUAGGAGUGAAAGUAAAGCUUCUCCUCGAAAUUAUACGUCUAAGUGAAGCUUUAAACGAAAAAAUCUUGGUUUUCAGCCAAUACAUAGAACCUUUGUCCUUCAUAGAAGACCAUCUUAAGUUUCGGUUUAAAUGGACUGAAGGGGUAGAGUUGUUUCAUAUGGAUGGAAAACGCGAGAUAAAGAAACGACAAGCAUUGAUAAAUACGUUUAACGACCCAACGAGUGAAGUUCGAGUAUUGCUUGCAUCUACAAGGGCUUGCUCAGAAGGUAUAAACCUUGUUGGUGCUUCAAGGGUGGUUUUACUUGAUGUUGUAUGGAAUCCCUCAGUGGAAAGGCAAGCCAUAUGCCGUGCAUAUAGACUGGGGCAGAAAAGAGUUGUUUAUGUCUAUCAUCUCAUUACUUCUGGGACAAGGGAAGAAGAGAAAUACAGUCGACAAGUGGAAAAAGAUCGAUUGUCCGAGUUGGUUUUCUGUCCUGAAAAGAGCUGCAAUGAAGUAAAAGUAUCAUCCACAGAUCUGGGUGACAGAAUUUUGGAAGCAGUGCUCCAACAUGAAAAGCUUAAGAAUAUAUUCCAAAAGAUUUACCAGUCAAAGGAGUCCAAGCAUGAAUGAGAACUGGUAUGUAUGUCUCGAUUCUUUAGAAAUUUGCUUACUUAUUAGUUUUGACAUUUGAGCUGUUUAGAUUUAAGAAAUAAAUGAUUGUAGUUACUAGUUUUUAGUUUUAAGCUAGCUUCAAGGACAUUAACUAUUGGGUAUGUAAAAGGCAAUCUCCCAAGUUCAUGGAGCUAAGAUUUCUGUCUCGGCUGCCGAAUGUUAACCACGGGCUAGCUUAGCACCCGAUA